AUUAAAUAUUGUUCGUAUCGGAAAUGAAUUCCGGAAUCGGGAAAUUAAUCGGAAAGCGUAUCGUACGAAUUAGCAUCGGACGAGGCCUGCCAGACGAAGGCCAAGCACGAAGUCGGGCCAUCGCCCAGCAAGCCAGCGCGCCACAACGCACCAGCCAAGGCUGCGCCAGUCCCACCGCAAGGCAGGCCCAGCGCGCGCCAACGCUGCGGCAGCGUGUGGGCCUCGCAGCAAUGGGCUGCGAGCUCGCGGGCUGCGCCCGCGCGCAUGGCGCCCCUCGUGGGCUGCUGUGCGUGCGUGUGUGUUGGUGUGCUAUACGAAUCCUAAAGCUAUCAGGUUUCGACUAAUGAUUAAAUUCCUAAACCUAAAAGGAUGAAUUAAUUACAUAAGAAUUCUAUUAGGAUUCUAAUUUAAUUAAUUCGUAUCCUAAUAGGAUUACGAUUCCCUUUCCAUACCUCUAUAAAUAAAGGCCUAGGGUCAUUAUUUUAAAUAGAGUAUUCAAGUAUUCAAAGUGAUUUUUGAGAGCAAAAAUUCAGUCAUACAAUUGCCUAUACUAGCCGAAAAUUCUAAGUACCUUAAGGGCGAUCCUAGUUGGUCAAGCUUAAGGCGGAUCCGGACGUGCUGUGGACUAUCUACGGAGGGACGACACUUGGAGUCCUAAAGACUUGUUCUUGUUCGGUUCGGGCGCAGCUAGGGAAGGCACGCAACAAAGUUUUUAAAUAUGGCAAACAACAAUCAAAACAUCAUCAUGGGUUCUGAGCUUAUGGUCAAGCUGAACCUAGCAAAUUUUCUUGAAUGGGAAGCUAAGCUAGUUGAAAUAGUCAAACUCAAUGGACUUGAGUAUGUACUAUCACAUCCCAUGCCAAGCUACUAUGCCAGAGACAUGACCCCUGAGAGAUUUUACGCCUGGGAUGCGGAUCUCAAAAAGGUUAUGAGUCUCAUGCUGAACAAUAUCCCUGAUGAUUGGGCUAGAAGGUUUAUAGCCUAUGAACCUUUUACGCUCAUCAAGAAUCUGAGGGAUAUCUGUCGUGGAAGCACGGAGGACAGGGACCUAAACGUCCAUGAGUUGAUUGAACCAAUGUCUGGUCUAAAGGUUAGUUCUCCCAACAGGUGUUAUAAGAUGGAAGUCCAAGACACACAUGUUCAGCUCCUUCGCACUAAACAGAGGGUAGGCGUCCCACUGAGGUUCCAUGUGGAUCUUAUGCGUUCAUACUUUGAUCGCCUAAGUCUACUAGGAACACCAAUAAGCGAAAGGAUGGCAGUCUCUAUCUUGCUCAAUUCACUACACAAUGGGUUUGGUCGCUUCAAGCAACUAUACCUAAGUGAACCAAGAGAAGAAACAGUUGCAGAAUUUGUUCACCUUGUCAGAAAGGCUGAAAUAAUACUGGACUGUGAAGCCAAAGAUUUACUCAAGGCUAGAAAGAGACGUUCAAGAAAAGUGGAAAGUCCAAGGGCGAUGCUAAAUCAAAGCAGGACAAGUCCACAUCAAGCUGUCUUUAUUGUGAUGGAAUAGGCCAUUACAAAAGAGAAUGUCCAAAGCUAAAGGAAGAUCAGAAGAACGGAACAGUCGUUCCAUCUUCAGGGACUAAGAAGAAGUAGAAAGUUAAGCAAGGGUGAAGUCGGCCUACGAGUGGGAAAUGGAGCACGGAUUGCUGCAUUAGCUGUAGGAACUUAUUAUUUGUCGUUGCCCUCCGGGCUAGUUUUGGAACUGGAGGAGUGUUUCCAUGUUCCAAGUCUUACU